GAAAGCGUACGGUUGUUAGUGCGGUAAAGUCCAUCCAAUCGAUUGUUCAGGGCAUCCGCGCAUCUCGAGUGGGUCGGUGUUCGAAGUGGAGUCCAGUGGACCCAGCAAAAGAGGAACGAUUGUUUGCCGCGAGACAUUCGACGCGCUUAACCCGUCAAGUGUUGUCGCGUGGGGUGCGUGCACCUGCUUCACUCCGUUUGGCGCUGGGUUGGGUGGCAAACGAAGAAGAUGCAAAAAGACACGGUGUUUGUUUGAUGGAUACUUAUGCUCACUCGCCCGCUCUCACCGAAAGGAGGUGGAAAAAAUUGCUAAGCAUAGUUUUACUCCGCACUACUCUACAUGCUCUUGAGUUUCGAUUCAGUUUUUAUAAGUUAUUAAGCGGUCUCGAAGAAAGCAGAGUUCUAUUUAGCCGUGGUGUUUUAUAAAGUGAAAGUAUAUUGUUGUUAAUGUCUUUCGUGGCUUCCCCAAGUGUGACGAAACAAUGAUCUGACCAAUUAAGUGGUAAUCCUGUGAGUGAAAUGUGCUGAAAGCACAUCAAAAGUGCCAAAACAACUUGAACGACUGCUGCAGUCACAGAGAAGCCGGAUAGAAAUCCAGAAUUAAAAAUAAUAAUAAUAAUAAUAAUACCAAUAACUAGUGCUACCAACGGUGCAACCCGGAACCAGCUGUUCAGCAGAACGCAACGGGAGAUAUCCAUCAAGAAGCUGUCAUUGUUGCUGGCCAGCAAAGUAAACAGCCAAACUCGACGGACUACCAUAAAUGAGUAAUUAAUGGGCAAGAUGAGGCGCCGUGUCGACUUAAGUUUUAUCAUCCGAAUAUGGCUAGUGUUACUUAGUAUCAAAAGCAGUCACAGUGAAAAUGCUGAACCCAGAGCAUUAGAAUUAUCAGUUCCAUGGAGACCCAUCCCAUACCACGUGCCUCAGCAACAGCUGAUUAGUGUGGCAAGUUUUGAUACUACCAGCAAAGACGAACUAGUUCAUAUCGCGCAACACAAUGCGCAGAUCCUAAAACAAUUUAAUCAGCCCAUCACUCAGUACCAGAACCAGAACACCCUUCAGAUUGCGUCGGCUAGCAGUCAGCAGCAAGCGCAAUCGUCACCGCACAAACCGUACGGAGGUCACACCCCGGGACCCAAGUACAUGACCACUCCCCUGCUGCUAACCAAUGUCAGCCCAGUCAUACCAUCGGCCCGGCACGCUGGCAAUCCGUAUGGCAAAUCGGACCAAAUCACCACACUAAAUAUCGUGCAUCCCCCGACGCCGAAGCUGGUAACACCGAUGUCUCAUCUCGGCCCGGUCGGUGUUAAAUCGGGCAAAUUCAAUAACCAGUUCAGAGAGCCUGUCCCUAAUUCACCUGCGGGAUCUCAACAGAAAUCCACACUUAAGCCUCACCCUGUAAUGAACAAGCUUCAAUCACACAUGGCCGUUGCAUACCGGCAAAAGCAGCCAGUAGCGGCCACCUCGAAUCGUCUAGAACACUUUGUGCCUCCUCUCUACGGUACCUACAUUCAAUUUGGACAGGCUUCCAGCCCGCUACAGACCGCAAAAACCAAAUUUAUAAGCCAACUCGCCAGCCAUCCUAGCUUUGAUGCUCAGCUCAAAGGUUUACUGCAUGCUGGCGUUGGAGGUGGCUAUCAGCAAACUUUCUCACACAUCAAAAACUUACAGAAGAUGAACUAUCUGCAGCAGCAGAGCAAAAUUCAGCCCUAUUACAAUCACAUACCGUUGGAGGUCGAUCUUCCGAAGAAACUAAUCUCUUCCGGGGAGAAAGAUUCGUCCAAAAUCCAAUCAACUACGUCCAGUCCACUGUUCCCACACAUCCCGCCAAGUGUCCUAACCCCAUUCUUCCAGCAGGUACAACAACAGCAGCAAAACAAAUACGGUUUCAGUCUUAAAACGCAGCAUCCUGCUCCGCCGGCUGCGACUCCCGCACCCCCGACUCAUGUUUAUAAAGAAAAACCACAUAAAAUUCAACAGCCUCAAUUCCAGUUUGAAUCACAUCAGGUACAUCCAACUCAAUUCGGUUCCUUCAAAGACCACCAAGGGAGCGAUUCGUUUGGCUUUACCUCCUAUCAAAGUCAUCAACAGCCUCCGAUUGAUUAUCAGCCUCACGAGAUUGGAAAAUUCAAGGAAUCCCAGCAUACCCACGUAUUUAACGAAAUUCACGAUGAAUAUAGUAAAAACUUAGUUCCGCCACCACCCAGCACCCAACAAGCUUUUCUACCAACAGUAUUGACUCACUCGGACCCUAGCAAGGACCCCAUGGAGAUACUAAACAAGUACAACAUUAAUCCUCAUUCCCCGCUGCAGGAUGCUAAUCGAUUCAGUUACGAAUCUUUUGCUAGGCCCGGAUCUUCAUCCAACGCUCAGCUAUCAACUCCCAGUUCGAUACAAACAACCACCCCACCCGCUACUCAUUUCCCAACGACAACGACUCCACGGCAGCCAUUUUAUUCUCAUACGAUCAACUUUGCAGGCGAUCAUAACAAUUACAGCCCACCGGUGCUUGUAACGCCAAAUAAUGACAAUUGGAUAGGACGAGAUAAAUUCAUCACCACCGAAAAGCCAAACAUUUUCAGAAAUCUUUUCCGCUCUCCAGAGAGCGAAUACAAGCAGCAUAAACUGAUGCAUCCGGGUUACACGGGACUGCCUCCGAACAAACGACCCUCCACAACCACCCCGGUGUCUGUGGCCGAUGCAUCAACGGAGGAACCUCUGAUUACGCACAGUUUCUUUACGAUCGAAGAUGCCAUCUCUGAUCCUACCCACAUCCCCCCUGGAACUCGCAACAAGUACAAAUAUACCACCGAGGCGGAAGAAAACCGAUUGGAUGAGCAUCAACCAGAAAUUGUCACUAUCGGAUCGUAUUUGGACUCCCAGGAACUGGGAACCACUACUGUGUUCCCCAUGUUCAAAAACAAAGGCCGACGGCGAUGCCCGAAACCACAACAAAGCACCGAAGUUUCUGCCGAGAGUUCUGAUUCAACUGAAAGUCCUAACAAAACCCGGUUCCGACUACGACUACGUCCAACGACCGAAGCGGAAAAUGAAAUCAAAACAACAUUAGCGCCUCCAACAACAACAUUCCUAGCGGAAGAGAGUUCCAUACGAAAGCAAAGGAAAAAACUACCUGCUAAUUUCAAUCGUAACCGCUUCAGCACGAAUGGCAACCGUGACGAACAAGAUCAAGAUCGGCAGACGGUGGACCAGCAGGACGUUGCAGCCACACAGGUACCACCGGUAACUACGACCGCAGCGGUGAGCUCAUUCUUCAAUUUCAGCAACGAUAACAAUCAGUUUUCAUUCGGUGGUAAUGGUUUUCGGUCACGCUUCAGGCCAGGUGGCGAUCGAGGCACCAGUGCGGAACCAAAACCAAUCCGCACAAGAGGUAAAUUCAGUGACGAUUUUGAUGACUUUUUCAAAUCGGAUGAGAUUACCCGUGACAUCGAGAACACUCGAUUGAACUUCAAGUUACAGAACAGCAAACCCAGUUUUAGGCUACCGUCAAGCUCGUUUGGCUCCGGUAUUUCUUCGACCUCCACCAGUUUCACUUCAGACGAAAACAGUGCUGAGGUCAACCGAACUCGAACGGAGCUCAACCGUCCCCGGUUUAGCAUCAAAGAAUAUCGCAGCAAACUGAACCGAACUACCGCAUCAACUGUGGCGACUUCUUCCAACUCUCUGGACGUGGAACUAACGACCCAAGCCGCUACCAAGUUACGUUUUCCCACCAGGAAUCGUUUCGUGAUCAAUGGCCGCCCGAACAAAACGACCGACUCUAACGAAAUUAUUUCGCCUAGCUCCAGCACGACCGAGAAGUCGCCACCCGGCAGCAAUCAAGAACCUACCACGGUACGGACAGCAUUCCGACCGACCGGCACCAGAACCAGCUUCAAUCGGUUUACCGUGAAGAAGGCAAGCACGGAAGCGCCCCAACAGCAGCAGCCACCAUCUUCUACGACGGCCAGAAUAGUCAACCGGGGACGGAUAAGGCAGCAGGAUACUACGACACAAUCGACACUCAAUCGCACCGCCAUCCCGCCAGUACUGAACACCAACUCUCUGGCAAGCCGCCGGCCUGCCAAGAUAAGCCUUAGGCAGCGUAUUCAGAACUUCAACCGCAAGAAGGAACCGGAACCCUCUCUGAAGGACAUAGAUCAAGAAGGCAACAGUUUGCUAGCUAGUUCCGAUGAGGCCAAGAACGAUGACCUGAGUAGCUUGAGCACUGUGGCCAACCAGAAUCGGUUCGAAGAAUCCGCUCCGGUUUCCUCGUCCUCAACCACCACCACCAGCAGCACGACCACAACAACUGAGGGAUACCGGCAUCCGGAGACGGCAAUCAUGAAAAUCUCGCCAAAAGAUGCGUCUUCGAACUCGUUUAAUGAAGGCGAUUGGGAUCUGAACAGUGCCUCGUCUGACUACAGCAAACGCGUGGUUGAACUUACGCUGUCCGCCAGCAAAGAGAAAGGUUUCAAAUCGGUCAACAAGGGUCUACUGUCAAGGCGGGUUCCCGGAUAUUUUACUCUAGCUACCGAGGAUCCGAUCCUGCCAAUCGAGGCGUUUUUCCCACAGGUUAAGAAAGUGAGCGCGUGAUUGAUCGUUGAGCGAUAAAUGGGCGAUUGUGAAUAUGUGUGAUUGUGUUGAUUCAGAAUGCGUCGAACGGCCAAUUAUCGAUGCUGAUUAUUAGUAGUGCGCGAGUGUAGAAAUAGAAUUCAUUCCCCCGAGCUCUACCGUAUUUAUGCACAAUCUGGCUGUUGACAGAGCGGCUAGCAAGUAUGCAGCUUGACUUUCAGAACAACUACAUCACGUAUGGCUGAAAAAUACUUGCAACCAGAAUCAUUUAUUUUAAUAAUAAAUUAUUACCAGUUCGCUGUCUGCCCCGUGGAGCAAAAUAAAAUGUUCACUAGGAUAGCUAGGCAAUUUCAACGUUUCUAAUUUUUUUUAGCCAGGAGUCGAACGAUAACUGUAAGCGUGCUAGUGAAGGGUGAAAGUAGGAAAAGCUGCCAAUUGCGUGUUCAGUUCUGCUAACAUGUGCACUGAGCUCUCUAAGGUGUGAGGAGGUGCCUUUGCAAGCAGCGGAAAUGUAGAGGUGUAAAUUUGAUUUUUUUUUCUUCGAAAUGAUAGGAUUUGUAUCUACAGAAUACGUAGCGACACAUUCAGAUAUCGUUGAAAUCGAAUUAACUAGUGGUAGGAUAUCGAAAAUAAAAUAAAUCUGUACAUAAUUUAUAAA